AUGACUUGCGGUCUCACGCUGCUGCCGCUGCUCCUGGGCAAGACAACCGCUCGGCCGGACUUGGUCGAGGCGAUUGGUGAGAUGCAGCGCGAGCUCGACCACUUGCGCAGCGAGAAGAAGCUCUGGGAGCAGUGGCGGCUGGGUGGGCAGGCUUCGCCGCAGCGGCUGGGCGAUCAGCCGUCGCCGUCGCCGCUAGAGCCGGCUCGCUCGUGCAUCGCUCCAGCCGGGCUCGACAACUUUGCCAGAGGCUGCGGGCGACCAUCGCCACAGCCACGCAAAACCUUCGCCCCAGCCGGUUGGAUGAAAGUGACUCUUCACGUCGUCAACUGCAAAGAGGACGUCGACUGGCUCCCACCCUGCGAUUUUCUCUCGGGCCUGCGCAUUCGGGUGGUCCACAAAUGCGGCAUGCAGAAAUUGACGACGAGGCCGGAGCACGCCCUGUGCAUGGAGCACGUGCAGUCCGAUCGCCCGACCGUGGGGCGUGAGAGCGAGGGAUUCCUCGGCGAGCUCGCAAAGAUUGACGCCUCAUCACCGACCGAUCUUCACGUCUUCAUGCAGGCCGACCCGGGGGAGUUCAAGCUCAGCCCGUGGAGGAGCCACAUCAGGAACCCGCUAAGCUUCAAGGACGCGCUUCGCAAGCUGGCUUCACGCGCUGACCUUGGCUUCGUGUCGCUGAGCAGCGAGCUGGGCAUCGUACACGACGUCUGCGCCGGUGCUGGGCGAGCAAACGGUAAGCACGUCCUCGCCCUGGGUCGGAAGACGGGCGCCAUCCGACUCAACUGCGCCCGAGACUACGUCUUCCCAAAGCGCGGCUGCUUCGCAGUCUCCGCCCGCCGCAUCCACGCCACCCCACAAGAGCAGUGGGCUGCCUACUACCGCACCUUUGCCGAGCAUCACGCGCCUGUGGUGCUGCGCGGCCGAACAUACGAAGGCGUGGACGGGCUCGAGCGAUUGGAGCGGAAUGCUUCUGAAAAGCUGUCCCUGAAGCGGCGCCACAUCGCCGGCAACUGCUACGACUUUCUCGACGACCAGACCGGACUCCGGCUCAAUCUGUACGGCCCGCACAACUUCCACACCAAGCUGACAAACGUCUGGGACUACGUGAAGCGGUUCGGCCGCUGGGCGCACUACUACCACAAGAAGCUGGCCUGGUCCGAGGGCCGGUUUGUCCCCUUCCCGCUCAACACCGAGACGCUCAACACGAUCUACGACCAGCACCUCAUGGGCGAGAAUGAGACGGCGGCCUUCCUCGCAAAGAUCGCAGAGCCGUGCGGCCCGGGAGGGUGCUCAAACUCGGAGCAGCAGUCGGUGGCGAGCGUCGGCAGGGCGGCGUACAACCAAUUCUACCGCGGCUACACGCUUAAGCAGUGGGGCGUCGACCCGUCGCAGCUCGACGCGCUCGUGACGGGGAGGAUCUCGGUUCGCAGCGACUUCGACAACCGCUACUUCACCGACCGCUACCAGAGCCAGCCGAGGGACGGGUACACACGGUGGAUGGCGGGCGUCUUGAGCGACCCUCUCAUCGACCUCGUGCUGGGCGUUGACUGGUUCGACGUGCAGCAGCGCCUCGCCGGCCGGUGCGGCAAGCUCAUUUUCACCGGCCCGAUCGACCACUACUUCGCCGACUCGGGCCUGCCAAAGCUGACGUACCGCUCGCUCCGCUUCGAGAAGCUGGCCGUGCUCAACAUCGGAGAGCACGGGUACAAGCACUACCCCGGCCAGCCGCGCAGCAACCACACCGUCGUGGCGCGCGGAGACGAGCGCGGCGCGGACGGCGAGCCGUACUACCCGGUGCCGAACCCGCGCAACCACGCGCUGUACGCAAAGUACAAGGCGCGCGCGCUCGCGGACAAGGAGGCGCUCAAGGGCGUGCACUUCGUGGGCCGGCUGGCAAACUAUAAGUACUUCAACAUGGACCAGGCGAUCGACAACGCGCUCAGGAUCUUCGACGGCCUCGACCGGGACAGCGCGCCCGGCCGGCUCCUGGUCAAGAAGAGGAAGAAGGAGCACAAGGGGGGCGCACACGAAGACGCGCUGCAUUUCGACUGACCAGUGCAGACUCUAGUCCUAGACGCGAGGCGUAAUUCCCGGACUG